CGAGCAGAGCGCAGCGGGGCCGGUGGGGCCGGGCUGGCGGGCGCGAGAGGCGCGGGGGCAUCCCGGGCAGAGCGCGCCGCGCGCGGAGCCCCACUUUUUCGGACGAGCCACCCCUCUGCCGGCCCACGUCCCCGGAGCUCGCGGAGCCCGUCGCUGUGCCACCGGACCCGCCCCGGCCGCCGCGCUCCUGGCCCGCGGGACGUGCCGCCGCCUCGGCUCCCGACCGCGAGUUUCAGGGAUCACUCCACCAGGAUGGGAGCUGCCAGCAGGCAGGACUUCUUCAAGGCGAUGCUGAUGCUCAGCUGCCUCAGCCUGGCCUGCUUCGCUGGGGCCGCGUCCACAGCGGCAGCCCAGUGCCCUGACCAGAGCCCCGAGCUGCAGCCCUGGGACCCUGGCCACGACCCGGACCACUAUGUGUACAUCGGCCGGGGCAGGACCCUGCUGCUCACCUCGUCUGCCACGGUGAACUCCAUCCACGUCUCAGAGGGAGGAAAGCUAGUCAUCAAAGACCAUGAGGAGACCAUUGUUCUGCGCGCCCGGCACAUCCUGAUUGACGACGGCGGAGAGCUGCAUGCUGGGAGUGCCCUCUGCCCAUACCAGGGCAAUUUCAGCAUCGUUCUGUAUGGAAGGGCUGAUGAAGGUGUUCAGCCGGACCCUUACUUUGGCCUGAAGUACAUUGGGGUUGGCCCAGGAGGCACGCUUGAGUUACACGGACAGAAAAAGCUCUCUUGGACAUUUCUGAACAAGACCCUUCACCCAGGCGGCAUGGAGGAGGGAGGCUAUUUUUUUGAAAGGAGCUGGGGUCACCGUGGAGUCAUUGUUCACGUCAUCGACCCCAAAUCAGCGACAGUCAUUCAUUCGGAUCGGUUUGACACCUAUAGAUCCAAGAAAGAGAGCGAACGUCUGGUCCAGUACUUGAACGCGGUGCCCGCGGGCAGGAUCCUUUCUGUGGCAGUGAACGAUGAGGGGUCUCGGAACCUGGACGAUGCGGCCAGAAAGGCCAUGACCAAACUGGGCAGCAAGCACUUCCUACACCUUGGAUUCAGACACCCUUGGAGCUUCCUAACUGUGAAAGGAAAUCCCUCUUCUUCGGUGGAAGACCAUAUUGAAUAUCACGGACACCGUGGUUCCGCGGCUGCCCGGGUGUUCAAAGUGUUCCAGACGGAGCAUGGCGAGCAUUUCAACGUCUCUUCCUCCAGCGAGUGGGUUCAAGAUGUGGAGUGGACAGAGUGGUUCAACCAUGACAAAGUGUCACACACUAAAGGUGGCGAGAAAAUUUCAGACCUCCGGGUAACUCAUCCAGGAAAAAUCUGCAACCGCCCCAUUGAUAUACAGGCCACGACAGUGGAUGGAGUUAACCUCACCACCGAGGUUGUCUACAAAAAAGGCCAGGAUUAUAGGUUUGUGUGCUACGAGCGGGGCCGAGCCUGCCAGACCUACCGUGUGCGGUUCCUUUGUGGGAAGCCUGUGAGGCCCAAACUCACCGUCACCAUCGACACCAACGUGAACAGCACCAUCCUGACCCUGGGGGACGAUGCUCGGUCAUGGAAGCCCGGAGACACCCUGGUUGUUGCCAGCACUGAUUACUCCAUGUACCAGGCAGAAGAGUUCCAGGUGCUUCCCUGCAAAGCCUGUGCCCCCAACCAGGUCAGAGUGGCAGGGAAGCCGCUGUACCUGCACAUCGGGGAGGAGAUAGACGGUGUGGACAUGCGGGCCGAGGUCGGGCUCCUGAGCCGGAACAUCGUGGUGAUGGGGGAGAUGGAGGACAGAUGUUACCCUUACAACAACCACGUCUGCAACUUCUUCGACUUCGACACCUUCGGGGGCCACAUCAAGUUCGCACUGGGCUUUAAGGCUGUGCACCUGGAGGGUGUGGAGCUGAAGCACAUGGGACAACAGCUGGUGGGGCAGUACCCCAUUCACUUCCACCUGGCGGGCGAUGUGGACGAGAAGGGAGGCUACGACCCGCCCACGUACGUCCGCGAGCUCUCCAUCCACCACACGUUUUCUCGCUGUGUCACCGUGCACGGCUCCAAUGGCUUGUUGGUCAAAGACGUGGUGGGCUAUAACUCCCUGGGCCACUGCUUCUUCACGGAAGACGGGCCAGAGGAACGGAACACCUUCGACCACUGUCUCGGCCUCCUCGUCAAGGCCGGAACCCUCCUCCCCUCCGACCGUGAUAGCAAGAUGUGCAAGACCAUCACGGAAGACUCCUACCCGGGGUACAUCCCCAAGCCCAGGCAGGACUGCAAUGCAGUGUCCACCUUCUGGAUGGCCAACCCCAACAACAACCUCAUUAACUGUGCAGCCGCGGGAUCCGAGGAGACCGGGUUCUGGUUCAUCUUCCACCACGUGCCGACAGGCCCCUCAGUGGGAAUGUACUCCCCAGGUUAUUCAGAACACAUUCCACUGGGAAAAUUCCUCCAUAACCGAGCACAUUCCAACUACCGGGCUGGCAUGAUCAUAGACAACGGGGUCAAGACUACCGAGGCCUCCGCCAAGGACAAGCGGCCCUUCCUCUCUAUCAUCUCUGCCAGGUACAGCCCGCACCAGGAUGCCGACCCGCUGAAGCCCCGGGAGCCCGCCAUCAUCAGACAUUUCACCGCCUACAAGAACCAGGACCACGGGGCCUGGCUGCGCGGCGGGGACGUGUGGCUGGACAGCUGUCGGUUUGCUGACAAUGGCGUUGGCCUGACCCUGGCCAGUGGUGGGACCUUCCCCUAUGAUGAUGGCUCCAAGCAGGAGAUAAAGAACAGCCUGUUUGUUGGAGAGAGUGGCAACGUGGGGACUGAGAUGAUGGACAACAGGAUCUGGGGCCCCGGCGGCCUGGACCACAGCGGGAGGACCCUCCCCAUAGGCCAGAAUUUUCCGAUCCGAGGAAUUCAGUUCUAUGACGGCCCCGUCAACAUCCAGAACUGCACUUUCCGCAAGUUUGCGGCCCUGGAGGGCCGGCAUACCAGUGCCCUGGCCUUCCGGCUGAACAACGCUUGGCAGAGCUGCCCUCAUAACAACGUGACCAACAUUGCCUUUGAGGAUGUCCCGAUUACUUCCAGAGUGUUCUUCGGAGAGCCCGGGCCCUGGUUCAACCAGCUGGACAUGGACGGGGAUAAGACGUCGCUGUUCCAUGAUGUCGACGGCUCUGUGUCCGGGUACCCGGGGUCCUACCUCAUCAAGGACGACAACUGGCUGGUCCGGCACCCGGACUGCAUCAACGUCCCCGACUGGAGAGGGGCCGUCUGCAGCGGCCGCUACGCGCAGAUGUACGUUCAGGCCUACAAGACUAGUAACCUACGGAUGAAGAUCAUCAAGAAUGAGUUCCCCAGCCGUCCGCUGUACUUGGAGGGGGCCCUGACCCGGAGCACCCACUACCAGCAAUACCAGCCGGUCGUCACGCUGCAGAAGGGCUACACCGUGCACUGGGACCAGACAGCCCCCGCCGAGCUCAUCAUCUGGCUCAUCAACUUCAACAGGGGCGACUGGAUCCGCGUGGGGCUCUGCUACCCCCAAGGCACCACCUUCUCCAUCCUGUCGGACGUGCACAACCGCGUGCUGAAGCAGACGGCCAAGACGGGCACCUUCAUGCGCACCUUACAGAUGGACAAGGUGGACCAGAGCUUUCCGGGCAGAAGCCACUUCUACUGGGACGAGGACUCAGGGCUGUUGUUCCUGAAGCUGAAAGCGCACAACGAGAGAGAGAGGUUUGCCUUCUGCUCCGUGCGAGGCUGCGAGAGAAUCAAGAUUAAGGCUCUGAUCCCCAAGAACGCGGGCGUCAGCGACUGCACGGCCAGCGCCUACCCCAGGUUCGCCGAGAGGGCUGUCGUGGACGUGCCCAUGCCCAGGAAGCUCCCUGGCUCCCAGCUGAAGACAAAGGACCGCUUCUUGGAGGUGAAGAUGGAAAGUUCCGGGCGGCGCUUCCUCCACCUCAUGAGCGACUUCGCGUACAUUGAAGUGGAUGGGAUGAAGCACGCCAGCGCAGAGGACGGCCUCCAGGUGGUGGUGAUCGAUGGCAGCCGGGGCCACGUGCUGAGCGAGGCGAGCUUCCGGAACGCCAUUCUGCAGGGCAUCCCGUGGCAGCUGUCUGAGCACAUCGCGGCCAUCCCCGACAACUCCAUAGUGCUCAUGGUGUCCAAGGGAAGAUACACCUCCAGGGGCCCCUGGACCAGAGUGCUGGAAAACCUCGGAGCAGACAAGAGCCUCAAGUUGAAAGAGAAGAUGGCAUUCGUUGGCUUCAAAGGGAGCUUCCGGCCCACCUGGGUGACUCUGGACACGGACGACCACAAGGCCAAGAUCUUCCAAGUGGUGCCGAUCCCCGUGGUGAGGAAGAAGCAGCUGUGAGGAGGCCUGCUCGCGGUGCCGCCCCCCAUGCGCGGUGACGGCGGCCCCAGGCGGCGGCCCCUGGCACAGCAACAUCAGCCCUGAUGGGCCGAGGGGAGGCUGUCAGAGAUGCCCGGUGCUGCCCACCCCCCCUGCAGCCCCCACUCAGUGUCUCCCUGCAGCCCCGGGGGACGGAGCUGGCCACGCCAGAGACCUUCUCUUCCCUGCAGCUUCCUGGGUGCUUCUCUCCUGUGUGUGCCUCUGCAGGGGGAGGGGGGCUGCGUGCUAGGAGCCCGGGCGGUGCUGGCAACCGGGUCUGCUUCGGCGGGAGCCCCGAUCCAGCCAUUCGCAGAUCCCCGUGCUCUCCAGCACGUGCGGUAGUGGGUGGAGACAGGAAAGAAGAGACUGGUCUUCGGUCUUGGGGAAAUCUCUGUUCCUGUAAGCAAGCACCAACCUUUGUGGGGUUAGGAGCCGGCGUGUAGACAGCACUCGCCAAGGCGGGACUGGCGCCCCUCGGGGAAUGGGCGAGCCCUGCCUCUGGAGGGGUUCAACCUUUCCGGAGACUUCAGGUCCUGGGAUGGGGGGGGACUAGGUGACUUCUAGAAGCCCUUUCCGUUGUGAGAUUCCAGAAGUCUGUGGCUUUUCCUACCGCACAUAGAACCCAGCUGUAGAUGAGGAGAUUCUUUCAGGCCAGCGCCUGUGACGCGGGGUGCCUGGGGCAUGCAGGGUCGGGGUGGUGAGAAGUCAGGCCCGGAGUCAGGGGCUUGCAGGCUGGGGGCCCAGGCGGUCAGGUAUGCACGGCCUCCGAUACCAGGCAGAGAAUGUGAAGGGGGGACGAUGAGGACCCACGCAGGUGCCCUGUAGGGAAGGACCCCGCAAGCUUGGGUGGGUCAGGAAGCUUCCUGCAGGAGGAGGAAGGGGGCCCACAGGAGCGAAGGGCAGGGCAUCUUGGUGAGCAGAGGGUUUGGAGGUGCAGCCCUUCCGCCUGCAUCUGCCAAAGCUGGUGACUGCAGGUCACCCUCUGACUGUUGCUUGCUGGCCCACUCACCACGGCCAAGCAUGCAAGGGGGGCUAGGGGGGCUUAUAUCGCCCCCCCGCGGGGAGCACUUCGGUCCCCAGCCAGCCCCCCUCUGACCCCGGACGGGGGUGGAGCUACGUUGAGAGAAGUGAGCUCCUAUUUGGGGCCUCAUGUGCUCUUGAAUGGGCUCACCCCUCAAUGAGCCCGGGGUUUUGGGGUUGGAAAGGACCUUAAUGAUGACCUAGUCCCAAACCCUCAUUUUUUGGAUGGGGCACUUGAGACCCUGACACGGGGAAGAACCACACAGCCAGGCCGGGGGCCGGGCCAGGAGCCCCACGCCCAGCACCUGCUGCCAUACCACAUUGCCUCAACAACUGGCCCCAGAGUGUCCCGCACUCCUGAGGGAGCUCCCCAAAUGGGGCCAAGCCCCCUGGAAGGAAAAAACUGACCAGAAUAGAGAGAACUAGCUGAUGGCGGUUUCCCUCCUGGCCUUCUGUGCACACAGGGCUGCCCUCCCGCGGGCUGGCGGCGGCCCUACAGCGUCCACACUGUUCCAAGCACCGGCCGUCCCUCGAGAGGGCUUGCGGCAGCCACGACCCUCCCACUGGUGCCCCCUGGUCUGCACGCCUGCAGGCAGGGCCCGGGGGACUGUGUCGGGGCACACUGCCAUGCUUCUGGUGAGCCGGCGUGGCUGCUCCAGGGGGCCUGCCGAGCUGUGGGGCCCACCGCAGGCCCUUCAGCUACUGCUCACCACCCUGCAGAGAGCUCCGGGAAGGAGGGACGCUCCCGCUCUCUGCUGAGGUCCCCGGGUCACGGGGGGCUCCACGGGGAGCUGCGUUUUCCCCUUUCCUGCGCCAACCACACACCCUUUCUUCAAAGAGGGCCUUCUUGGCUCCCUGUGCCCGGCUGCAUGCAUGACACUCGGGCAGGAGGCCCCCUCCCCAGGCUGAGCCAACACCCCAGUUCUCCCAGCGGCUCGGAGGUGGCGGAGGGACGUGGCAGCUGCCCAGGCCCUACUCCCAGGCAGGCCCCUUGCGGGCAGCUGCACGGCCCUGCAGAGGGGAGCCGAGAUGACCUCACGUUCGCGGCUACGGUUCUGCGGGGUUUCCAGACUCUGUCACCACGACGGGUCUCACACUGUGAACCACUUAGGAUGUGAUCACUUCGGGCGGCCAGGAACUCGGACUGUCCUUGGUUCGGUUACUUUCCAAAAUGACCUAUUUGAGAAUCCUCAGAGUUGUACGUAUUAGACAUACGUAGGAUCUGCGCACUUUCUCUCUGCCACCGUGGCUGCAGCUGGUGGCCGGGCGCGUUCUUGGUGGCACGGAUUGUCUUGUGGCUUGGAAAACUGUCCCUACGGUUCUUUCUGUCUGUCAGCCUUCGCAUGAGUUGGGCCUUUAGGGUAAAGGACACUCCUCUGAAAUGCUUGUCUCCUUCCUGUUGCCGAAAUAGCGGGUCCUUUUUCGGGAAUUCGAUGUGUAGUGUGAUUUGUAUGUAAACGUUUCCUAUCGGCGCCACCAGGAACAAAGAUGUAUUUUCUAUUUAUUUAUUAUAUAUGCACUUGGAGAAGUCAUUGUCAGAGAAACGAAGAAUUGUCUUAAAUGUCGUGGGUGGUGGGUGUGCUCAGAGCCUCUGUGGGCGGCAGAGGACCUUGGCUCUGGUGUGGAAAAUCUUGCUGUACCAUAGUAAACAUA